AUGCUGUCGUACCAGAAUAUGACUGAAAAACAGCAAAAGUUGUUCGACAUGGUCGAGGAUGCGAGUCAACUGCUCGACCUGUGCAAGAAACAGAUUGGCAACGCUGACGCGAAGGCGGUUGCUGAAGCUAUCAAAGUGAACACGACAAUGACUGAGCUCAAGUUAGGUGGCAAUCUGAUUGCCGAUGUUGGAGCGCGGGCGAUUGCUGAGGCCGUCAGAGCGAACUGCACUUUAACAGUGGUCGAUCUGGCAGAGAAUCGGAUUGGCGAUGCUGGAGCGCGCGCAUUUGCUGAGACACUCAAAGUGAACAAUACUUUGACCAAGCUCGAUCUGAAUGAGAAUCAGAUUGGCGAUGCUGGAGCGCAGGCGAUCGCUGAGGCACUCAAGGUGAACAAGACGCUGACUGUGCUCUAUCUGUGGCACAAUCAGAUUGGCGCUGCUGGAGCGCAGGCGAUUGCUGAUGCACUCAAGGUGAACACGACGUUGACUGAGCUCUAUCUGUACAAGAAUCCGAUCGGCGAUGAUGGAGCACAGGCAAUUGCUGAGGCACUUGAGGUGAACACCACGCUCACCAAGCUCUAUCUGUGGGAGAAUCAGAUCACCUGUACUGGAGCGCAGGCACUUGCUGAAGCACUCAAAGCGAAUACGACGCUGACCGAGCUCACGCUGGGUGAGAAUCAGAUUGGCGAUGCGGGAGCGCGAGCGAUCGCCGAGGCACUCAAAGUGAACGAGACGCUGACUAUGCUGUAUUUGAACAACAACUUCCUGACAACUGACGGAAUCGCUGCAUUCAGGCAAACGGGCAAUGCCAUUUGUGACUUGGACCUUGACGACCAGCGUGCUCCUUCGAAUGAUGAAUUGGCUCAAAUUUUUGCUCGUACCAGCGCCGCGAUCACUCGGGCUACCACCCUUGAGGCCGAGAACCAGAAGGUCCGCUUCGAGCUGGCUGCCAAAGACCAGGGGCUGGCUGCCAAGGAUCUUGAACUGAAGUCAGCACUUGAUCGGAUUGACGUGCUGAAGCGCAACCAACCAGGUGUUGGCUCGGCAGCGAACUUUGACGGACCCAUCCCGCGAGUUUCUCUCGCAACGCUUGUCACCGCCACAAACAAUUUUGCUGCCAAGUAUCUGCUCGGCGAGGGAGCAUUUGGUCGCGUGUACGGCGCCAGUGUGUCGGGCUCUCGUGUCGCCAUCAAGAAGUUGUCUGCCGAAUCCAAGCAAGGCUCUGCCGAAUUCAAGUCGGAACUGCACUCGUUGGCGAAAUUCCGCCACCCGAAUGUUGUUGCUAUUCUGUCGUAUGCAGAAGACGGUGACGAGCGGUGCCUGGUGUACGAGUUCAUGCCCAAUGGCUCUGUUCGCGAUCGCUUGAAUCGCAAAAACAACACUCCUCCGCUGACCUGGUCCCAGCGUCAUCGCAUUGCGGCUGAUGUUGCCCGUGGCAUGCACUACAUCCAGGGAGCCUUCUCUGACAAGCCACUGUUUCACUUCGACCUGAAGACCGACAACGUGCUGCUAAACGCGCAUUUCAAUGCGAAAGUGUCUGAUUUUGGUCUCUUCCGCGCCCAACACCUCGAUGAGAAGAGCUACAUUUUCACCCAGCUUGUGCAAGGCGCAGUUCCCCAGCUGGUGCAAGGCGCAGCUCCUUACAUGUGUCCGGAGUUCUUUGAGGAAGGCCGCAUGACCAACAAGACGGCUGUCUACGCGUUUGGCAUGAUUCUGCUGGAACUGCUGACUGCAGAAAAACCCGGCACCAGGCUGAAGUCAAAGGCGCGCAUAGCGGUGACAAACCAAGCCAUCGCUGGCAUGCUGGACUCGACCCUCAAUCCAACCGAAGCUGAUCAUCAGAGUGUCAGCGAGAUUGUCACUCUCGCCCUCGAGUGUCUUGCCGAUGAAAGUGACGAACGCCCGUCCUUUGGUAGCAUCCUCACUUUGUUGGAUUCUUGAUGGCAAGCGGGGGUUGCUGUAUUCGUGUUUCAAUCUGUAGCGGGUAAAUUCGCUUCGUCGGAGAGCUGUGUGGAAAUUACUUGCCGCGCACGUACAACGUGCUCUUUCCGCGAAUUUUACAGUCCCAGCUGCUUCCUGCCUUGUUUGUUCCGUUUGAGAUGUACUGUAUUUUUGUUUGAUUCUUGCCCAACAGGAUCCCGCGGUGUGUGUGUGUGUGAAAAAGGCUGUGAAAAUUGAAUGUGCUUCAAAAAUGUACCUCCUUCCGAAGUUCGCGUUUUUCGGAUCGAAACCCCGCUGUACCGC